AUGGACCCCUACUAUAAACCAUUAAUGCUGUUAACAUUACUGUCCUGUGUCCAUUUAUCCAUCUGUGUGCAGGCACGUAGCGACCGUGAACAACAAGUUACAAGUGAUAUUGGAAACAAUGCCCGUGUUGCUGCUGCUGCCGACAAUACCAACUACCGUGUUUGGGGCCCAAAAGUGUUGUGUUCCAUGCUGCCCGACGAUUUCCUCGAAUGCAAUAAGCCCAUUGAUCACAAGGAAAAUAAAACCGCCAAAGAAGAAAAAGGAUAUGGUUGUUUGAAGUUUGGUGGCCUAAAUUAUGAAGAUGUCGAACACACCAAAGUUCAAUGUACCGUCUUCAUUGAUAUCGAUUGUCAUGGCCCACGAACAUUCCAUCGAGAUGGUGUACCAUGUAUACGGUAUUCGGAACAUUACUUUCUAACGACACUACUGUACAGUUUGCUAUUGGGCUUCUUGGGUAUGGAUCGUUUUUGUUUGGGACAAACCGGAACAGCCGUGGGGAAACUACUGACUCUGGGUGGAGUGGGUGUUUGGUGGAUUGUCGAUAUUAUAUUAUUGAUUACAAAUCGUUUAACACCUGAAGAUGAUAGCAAUUGGAAUCCAUAUGUCUAGCAAAGGUUCUUC